CCAUCCUCCCCCACCCCCAGCCCCCCAGCUGCCCCCCUCACCGCCCUCGUCCCCCUCCCUGCUCUCUGCUCCUGCCAGGGUGACAGCGGGAGGCCGCAGGCAGCGGCGCCGCCAUGAGCGACUUCAACCUCGACCGCUUCCGUUAUGAGAAGAAAACCGACGGCGGAGCGGCGAGUUCGCGCGGCCCAGAUCCGGCAGUGACCACAAUACCAGAGACGCCAGAAGGAAAGCAGAAGCAUAUUUUAUCGCAUUUCAAGAGAAAUGGGAACGGAAAAGGAGUCCUUUUUUUAGAAUCUGAAUCUGAAAAUGAAGAUCUACCUAAGAACAGUUCAUCAUGUUCGGAAAUGAAUGGAAAGACAAAGGAUCGUACUGAAAAAAUAAAUGGUGCUGUUGACGUACCAUCUGACAGCGUUUUGACAGAAGCUAAUGGGUCAUCUUUGGACUGCAGCGACACAUUUCAGAUCAGCACAGAUACGGUGAUCAGUACAGAUACCAAACUACAAAAACUGAGAGAGAUAUUUCCAAGUAGAUCUGUUGAUGAACUAAUGCAAGUAAUUGAGUCAACAAGUACAUUGGAUGCAGCUAUAGCUAUAAUCAUAUUUAGAGAACAAGCCACUCCUCGGAAAAGGAAACUGAGCACACUCGAAAAUAACAGUUCUGAUGAAAGUGAUGAUCUUCCUAUUUCCAUUGCCACAAAGAAGAAGAAAACUAAUCGACUUGAGUCACAAGAUUCCAUUGAAGAUUAUGAAAAAAAAGACUCUUUACUGAGAAAGCUGCACAAUAAGUUUCCAGGUUUAGAUAAAGAGGAGCUUAGGGAGGUCUUGGAAGAACAUGACUGGUCCUACUGGGAGGCCUUGGAAGCCUUGCAGGUGUUUGCCAAUGAAGAUUCAGAUGAAGUGCCUUGUGAGCCAGAACCAGAAAACGUAAAUGGAAAAGUUGCCAUCUCGAAUUUUAAAACACAGCCAAAAAAGAUAUCAGUGCAGUCAAAACCAACUGGAUCAAAAAAAGAACAGAACAAUAAAAUUAAAAAGCAUCACAAAGGACAAAAAGCUAGCAGAAUAGUUCGGAGGGACAGUAGUGAUUCUGAUGUGGAAUCGAUUAAUUCUGGUGGUGAUAGCUCCCUUGAUGAAAACUACAGCAGUGAGGGUGAAGAGGUUGAAGAUGAAUACAGGACUAAAAUUGUCAGUUUCCUGCAGGAUGCUACCGUGGAUGAACUUUACCUCAUACCUCAAUGUUCUUUGAAAAAGGCUCAGAAGAUUAUUGAACUCAGGCCUUUUAACAGUUGGGAGGCACUGUUUCAAAAGUUUAAAAAGCCACAUGGUUUGUCUGAAGACUUGAUAUGGAACUGCAAAACAGUAAUCAAGGAGCGGGCAGUGGUUCUUUUACUGAUGAACAGGUGUGCAGAAAUUUCCCAAAGGUUAGAAAAGCAAGUGACAGAAAUAACAGAAGAUGGGGGAAGUCAUAGAACCAUCGAACAGCCAGACAUCCUUAACAAAAGUUUGGAACUUAAACCAUAUCAAUUAAUUGGAUUAAAUUGGUUGGCCUUGCUGCAUAAGCACAGGGUGAAUGGUAUACUCGCAGAUGAAAUGGGCUUGGGGAAAACUGUGCAAGCCAUUUCAUUCCUUGCCUACCUGCACCAAGAAGGGGAUAAAGGACCACAUCUUAUCGUUGUACCUGCCUCUACCCUAGAUAAUUGGCUCCGAGAGCUUAGACAGUGGUGCCCUGAUCUAAACGUUAUUCUGUAUUAUGGAUCUUUAGAAGAGCGGAAGAUUCUCCGAUCUGAUAUUCUUCACAAGUUUGUGGGCUUCAGUGUAAUAGUCACAACGUAUACCUGUGCAAUCAGUAAUGCAGAUGAUCGCAGUCUCUUUCGACGUUUGAGGCUGCAUUAUGCAAUUUUUGACGAAGGCCACAUGCUGAAGAAUAUGAGUUCCAUUCGUUACCAACACCUCAUGACAUUUAAUGCUGACCAUCGCUUGCUAAUGACUGGGACUCCACUGCAAAAUAAUCUUCUUGAAUUGAUGUCUCUCUUGAAUUUUGUGAUGCCUAACAUGUUCAGCAGCAGCACCAGUGAGAUCCGCAGAAUCUUUUCAUCUAAACCGAAAAUCUUGGAGCAACAAAGCACUUUUGAAAAGGGGAGAAUUGCUCAUGCUAAGAAAAUUAUGAAGCCAUUUAUUUUAAGGAGAGUUAAAAGUGAGGUCUUGCAGCAACUGCCACCCAAACAAGAUCGAAUAGAAAUAUGCGCGAUGUCUCAUAAACAGGAGCAGGCAUAUACAGCCCUCUAUAAGAGAUUAAAGAAAUCUAUCAAUAGUAAUGUAAAAAAUGAGUUGUGCAACGUGAUGAUGCAACUUCGAAAGAUGGCAAACCACCCACUGCUCCAUCGGCAGUAUUAUACCACUGAGAAGCUUAGAAAAAUGGCCAUGCUAAUGAAGAAGGAGCCCACUCACAGAGAUGCCAAUCCCGAUCUCAUCUUUGAAGACAUGAUGGUGAUGACCGAUUUUGAAUUGCACCAUCUGUGUCAAGAAUUCAGCAGCAUACAGACAUUUCAAUUAGAAACUGACUUGCUGUUGGAUUCGGGAAAGUUCCAAAUAUUGGAGAAUGUACUCUCAACGCUCAAAGAGGAGGGUUCCAGAGUUGUUCUUUUUAGCCAGUUUACAAUGAUGUUGGAUAUUCUAGAAGUCUUCUUGAAGCACCAUAAGCACAGAUACCUUCGAUUGGAUGGCAAAACUCAAAUCUCUGACAGAAUCCACUUGAUCGACCAGUUUAACACGGAUAUGGAUAUUUUUAUCUUCCUGCUGUCAACCAAAGCCGGGGGCCUGGGCAUAAACCUUACCUCCGCCAACAUUGUCAUUCUUCAUGACAUUGACUGCAAUCCCUACAAUGAUAAACAGGCAGAAGAUCGAUGCCACCGAGUAGGACAGAAAAAGAUAGUGCACAUUGUUAAACUGGUUAGUAAAGACACGAUUGAAGAGUCCAUGCUUAAAAUUGGGGAACAUAAACUAAAACUGGAACAAGAAAUGACUUCAGCCGAAACAGGUGAAGGAAGCAUUCCAUUGAACAUGGCAACUCUAUUGAAGACUUCAUUGGGAUUGUAGUAAUACAUUUUCCUUUCCUGAAGACUUUAAGUGCCGUUGGGACAAGUAUGCUGAAGUCUGUGCGAAAUGCAAAGUGGAGAGUUUUAAAACUUUGAUCCGGCCAUUGGGAUGAUGUGCACCAAAAUCUUGUCUGUUGCAUUGUGACGUAGCAGGACUUUAAAUGAGGUUUUAAACGAGGAAAAUGAAUGAGUACAUUUUUAGUGAGAUAUACCAGUUCAUAUUCUCACUGCCACCAACCACAGCAGAUGCAAAGUGAACAUGAGUAUUAUUAUUGUAUUGCUGUCGUUCCACAGUUAAGCCACAAACUGACUUCUUUCAGCAGUAUAAUAUCAUUGAGCAAUUUGUGUCCAAUGCAAGCACGGGUACCACAACACUACAGUUCAUUCCUGUCUGUAUUUGUCUAAUCAAUGUGCCUGUAACUUUAAUAACUUUUUCAGACCACUUGGUUUUUGUUCUGAUAUUGAAUUCUCUUUGGAUUCUGUACUUCCGUAGAUUGACUUUCAUUGAACUCUGACAAGAAAUGUAGUGCUUAUUAGAACUGUAAACCUGCUGAGAAAAUGUUCUAAGCCCAUCGUUUCUAGAUUCUAUAAACACAUCAAGCAAAGAAUAUCUCAAUUUGUGGUCUCCUUAACAUUUCUGUGGACUUCCUACCUCAGCUGCAGUAAACUCUGUAUGGGCAUCAGUGUGCUCAUAAGUGGGAUUAUUCAUGUUACUUUGUACGUGCAUUGUGCUGACUACAAUUGAUGGGGCCAUAUUUGUUUACCUGAUCCUCUGUAUUGUUAGUAAAUGGAAAGGAGAAUUAAGUGCAAAUAAAGAUUCUGUUGUUUUAAAGUAAACACAGUACUAAAAACA